CUUAGUUCCAAAAGAGCACACGAAUCGUAAACAGUACAGAUUGUAUCGCGGUACUUGGUGUUACAUUUUGCGUUUAUCGUUAUCUUUAUUUUACGCAUAAAAGUGUAUUUUAUCAUUGCGGCUCGAAGCCACGAUUCUUCCGUGGAAGCUUUCUGCUUAUUAUAAUCAUAAUGGAGAAUAAACACAAAUAUAACAGCAUAGAGUAUUACAUUCAGCAGCUAACUAGUAAAGAUAAAGAAUAUGUAGCGACAUAUUUGAACGAAACUGAUGAGACUAGAGAGACCGCUAUUGCCGAGAUCAGACGCUGGAUUGACGACGAAAUGCACAUACAAAUUGAUGAUUUUCUUAUCUUGCGAUUCUUGAGAGUUUGCAAAUUCAAUCUCGAGAAAACUAAAGCCAGAAUACGAAAUUAUUAUAAGCUGCGAUCUGACUUACCCGAAUGGUUUUCAAAUACAGAUCCGUUUCGACCAGAAUUACAGGAGUUAAUUAAUAUGGGGUUAUAUUUACCCUUGCGAAAACCAGAUAAUCAAGGCAGAUUUGUUGUGAUUGCGCGUUCUACUUUACAUAAUCCGAGAAUACACAAAUUAUCAGAUAUAAUUAAGGUUGGUGUGAUGAUGGUGGAGCUGGCGAUGAGGAAUCGCGCCAUAGCCACAUCAGCAUCUGUGUAUGGUUUUACAAUGAUCAACGACGCGAUUAACCCAACUUUACAACAAUUUUUACAAUUUGGACCUUCUAUAUUAAAGAAAAUAGCACACACAUGGCAGAACUGCUAUCCUAUGAGGUUUCAGUUGGUAAAUGUAAUUAAUGCGCCAAUGUUUUUAGAUAUUAGUUUCAAGAUUUUUAAAUCCUUCAUGUCGGAGAAAAUGAGCAAGAGAAUUCACGUCUAUUCACACAUGAUGCCGAGUUGUUUUGAGGAUAUUCCAGCCAACAUUUUACCAAUCGAAUAUGGUGGCACUGAUGGUACAAUUCAGGAAUUAACAGAAUAUUGGAAGAAAUUGAUUGAAGAAAAUCGCGAUUGGUUUAUAAGUAAUAAGAAUAACUAAAUCAAAUAAUAUUUAGGAGCAAUAUCUUUAAGAUAAGUUGUGCUUUGUUUGUUUUAUGUGUUCCGCGAGAAAAAAAUUAUCAUUCUUUCUUACUUAUAUUCUUUGUUGAGAAUUCUGCCAGUUAUAUAAUAUGAAAAAAUAUAUAGUAGAAAGUAUUGUUGGAAAGAUAGUAGAUGAUAUAUAA